UCACAAAACCAACCCCCAACAUAAAUAUCUCUCUCUGUUCGUCUUCUUCUUCCUCAAUCAUCUUUUAGGGUUUGAAACGAAAUCUCUGAAACAAUGUACGAUUGUAUGGUGGAUGAGGCCAAGCUGUGGCUGGACGAACCUCCGCAUCGUAAGAGGAAGCUCGAAGCUCCACCACCACCACCACCGAUCGUAGACUAUUCAUUAACGACGACGUUUUCAGAUUCCGACGAGGAAGAGAUCGAUCCGGUGGAACGCGAGAAGUAUCGAAAACAAGUCGUAGAGUCCGGCGGGUUCGAUGUUGACUUUUUCCCUGUCUAUGGAAGCUUAUACCAAUCUGGAUCCACUCCUUCCACUGUACUGUUGAGCAAGGUGGGACUCCAUACCUACAACUUUGACAAGGGGACAUAUUUACAGUUCAGAAGUGUUCAGAAAGCAAACGAGGAGUAUGCUUCGUUUACUACGUACUAUAUAACGGUUGAAGCGGUGGAUCCGUUCAAUGAUGAUUCACCUGUUACUUUCCAAACCUCUGUCUGGGAUGCUGCUACAAAGAGCAACGAGAGCUCCAGAUUUAUCACUAGAGUGUCCAGAAUCAAAGGAACCAAAGAAGAAACUUCUCUGUGGGACCACAAUGCUGUAGAUGUGUUCUAUAAAGAUGAUAUCGCUUGGCUAGAGGAUGAUGCUCUUACAGGAAGUGAUAAGCUACAAUACUAUGAGGUGAAGGAAUUGGAUAUGCGAGAUAACAACGAAUGGCUUUAUCUGUAUGCUGAAGUUGCAAUGUUCUCCAAGUGGGCAACUGACCUUAGCGCUUAUCUGCCGGUGAAGAUGAAUAAAGUAGUGGUACGAACAAGGGAAGAUGUAGAGUCGAGUAUGAAGCUCAGGUCUAAGAAUGCAACUUUCUAUAUGAGUUUCACGGCCUGUGGAGGUCUCGAGUGCAGGGGCAUAAUAAGGAGGACGACGGAUGGAAGACCACAACACAUGAGCCUUCAAGCUAUAUGUUGGAUCGACAACUAACUGUCCAUUUUAUGUAUUUAAUUGAUCUUUGCAAUUGUUAUAAAAUAAUAUACGCUUCACGUUUCAGAGAGCCUAGUUUUAUUUAGGGGAUGUUAGAACUUUGACAUUGUUGGAAAUGAUAUUAAGUACAUAUUUAAACA